AUGGAAGAAAACGAUGAGGCAAUAAUGCGAGCUGCUGCGGAUGCAGUGGUCGAAGGCUCCCCCAUUGACACCCUUCCUGAUGACGCGUACGAGACCAAUACUGUAAGAAAUUAUUUUCUUGAACAAGACCGAGCUGUGACUGCGGCGGCUGAAGCCGCUGCUGCUGCUGAAAUUGAACGUCAACGUGCUCAAUAUGCUGCGAUGGGAUAUCAGAUGGAUGAUGAAGAAGAAGACGAUGGUCUCAAUGAAUUCGGUCUUCCAAGAAAGCCGCCACAAACUCCACCUGGGCCGGCUCCAGACGAUCAGCCAGGACCAGGUUUGAUCCCUUUUCCUGAAGACGAUAUUGAUGAUGUUUCCGAUGAUGAAGAAGUUGAUGGAAGACCAAGGAUUGGUCCAAAGACUCCACCUGAGCCGGCACCACCAACUCCAAAAGAUGAUUCCGAGGAGCCGAUCCAAGCCGAGGCGCCGAAACCAGAAGGAAGUGAUGGCGAGUUGUCAGACGACGAUGAAAUGGAUUCCUUGUUCCCGCCAGUCUCUCAAUACGGAGGAACUUCGCAGCAAAGAGCACGGUGA